AUGUUUACUCGCGGCAGGUCCAAAGAGCGAAGCUCCACCAGGAAGGUGACGCCGCCGUCUCCUUCCUAUAUGACAAAUGAGCAGUUCGCCGCCUAUCUCGCAGACCUGCGCAACAACCGCGUAACCCGCCCUCCGCCGCCUCCAAAACAUGAUGCUCUUGGCUUGUCCGUAAUCGGCCGGUCGUCCGCCGGACCCGCUUCAGCUUCAGUAACCACAUUGCCCCAGCAUCGUUAUCACCAACGGACGCAGUCAGAUACAGCCAGUCUGCCCCCAUCUGCCAGCCGCCAAUCUCCUGUCCCCAGCGUCGCCUCAAGAUACUCCACCGUGGCUCGUGGGAAAGAUUACUAUCCCGGUCAGCCAGUGCAACCGUUAAAGCCGUCCGAGGUUGUCCCCAGCGCAACCUACAUUGAGCGUGGUCAACGGUGGAUGGAGAAGGAGGAGGCGUUCUCGCUACGUCGGGCCAUGGAGGAUAUGGAUCUGAAAGACCAGUCCAAGCCGGCCAACGACGGGAACGAGGAGUUGGACGAAGACAAGCGACUCUACAAUGCGGCUCUCGACGAGGCGGCCGAGCUGGUCUGGCAGCAUCAAAACCCUGGGAAGCUGCCCCAGCCCGGAGCCCCUUACCGAUAUCGGCCGCAUCUGCGCAAGGACAGUUACGCACAUGCCCGCACAGCUAGCGUUGGAAAGUACGGAAACGGUGUCGCACCAACGGGCCUUGCCCGAAAUCCCGGUUCGCCCUCAGUGUCUGGCAGCUCUUCUGAAGGUGAUGACCCGGCCGGCCGCCCAUCGUUCGCCUCCUCCCGCCAUACGUCCAGUACGGAGCCUACUAUGGGCGUCGCGGCCCCACCCGGUAACGGCAAAUCCUAUGGCAACAUUGCAACGGGGCAUCGGUCCAUUCAGGGGCCGCGUUCCGGUAGCGGACGAAGGAGGAACACUAGCAGCGACAUGCAGAGGCCAUUCUCGGGUGACCAGAUAUGGGAAGAACCGGACAAUGAAACGUCUGGCCAACCUCAAUCCUUGACGCGGGAUGACACCAUCAGCCCGCUGCGGCCGAAGAGGAGGGAUCCCUUUAACAGACUGCAGUCCGCUCCGAAGACGGCGGCAGGGACGAAAACGAACCCCUUAACCCCCUCGGCCGAAAGGUUGGUCUCCAAAUAUGAGAUACACCGUAACAUGCCGACGCAGUCUCGGAAUCCGCAGUACACUACCAAUUCUAGGCUCCCUGCUUUGCCCGUGCAGCGCGAGAACGUGCCUCGCAAGCACGGCAUGGAAAUCCGCAGCGACGAUAUAAAGCAGGCCACGAGCAUGAGGCUGAAAGACCGCAGCCCCAAGCUUCCCACGCCGUCUGCAGUCAGCGAUAGUCCCGGUCGACCUAUCGUAAGCUUUAGCAAAGAUUGGAAGCCCCCAGGGGAGGCUACUGACGACAAGUCAGAAGAGUCGAAGAUCGGGCGAGGGGGCAACGGGCAGCCGGUGUGCCUCACCCCUGGCAAGGUCCCCCACCAGCAGCCGCGUCAGCAGCAAGCGCCAGCGGUCCCUGCUAUCUCUGUUACGGCGGAUUCUGCACCGUCGACCUCGCCGUCGUCGUCACCCUCCCUCCGCCCGCAACCCCCUCCGCCCGCUAUUCAAGUAGAUUCGCCCUCUGUCCCCGUGAUUGCGGUCUCUGACUCUUCCUCAUCAUGCCCUCCCGCAAUCGUGAUUGAGCCUGACGGCGCCGAUAAGGGUCCCAGCAUUCCUGUUAUUGUGACCCCCGACGAUGAUAACGGCAAUGGCAAUACAAGCAGUGGCUCCCGCCGUCCGCUUCCCACUCCCCAAGCGGGCGCACCUCGCGUCCGGCAGGCAGCACGCCCUCGUGGGCACUGGUCGCCGGCCCCGAACCCCAUCGGCGCUCGGGCUACAGCUCGCUGCCACGAAUGCGGAGACUUCAUCGAAGGCCGCUUCGUAUCUUUGGCCGGUAGCUCGGAGCGGUUCCACCCACAAUGCUUCACGUGCUACGCCUGCGGCACCUCCCUCGAGGCGCUCGAGAUCUCCCCCGAGCCCGACGACCACCGCGCGGCGCGCCUCGACCGCAUUGCCCGCCGCGCUGCUGGCGAGGUGCUGCCCGAGGCGCCCGGACAGACGAUGGCCGAAGACGGCGACGAGCGGCUGCGCUUCUUCUGUCACCUCGACUGGCACGAGCUGUUCGCCCCGCGCUGCAAGCACUGCAAGACGCCCAUCAUGGGCGAGCACGUGGUGGCGCUGGGCGCGCACUGGCACUUUGGCCACUUCUUCUGCGCAGAGUGCGGCGACCCGUUCGAGAAGGGCAUGACGCAUAUCGAAAAGGACGGCUAUGCGUGGUGCGUGUCCUGCCAGACGAAACGCACGGAGCGGAGGGCGCCCAAGUGCCGCAAGUGCAGGACGGCUGUGAUCGGACAGUAUAUUCGCGCCCUGGGUGGCGAGUGGCAUGACGAGUGCUUCCGCUGCGCUACCUGCAAUGGCGGGUUCGACGAUGGGCAAAUCUUUCCCCAGGAGGGCUCAGGAGCGCCGGGUGAGAUGGUGGUGCUGUGCACGAAGUGCAUGGAGAGGAAGUUGAAGGCAUAA